CCGGGCGCGGCAGUGGGCGGGGCGGCGAGUGCCGCCUGGAGCCGCGGCGCACGCGGGCUGAGCUCGGCGAUCCCGGCCCCGGCUAGGCUGCGGGGCGGGGCGGGCGCGCAGCGGGAGCGAGCCGGGCAGCCCGCCGGGCCGCGGAGACUGUCGCCAGGUGCCCAGGUUUCCAGCAAGGCUACUCAGAAGACCCCCCGUUGACUAAAGCAAUGGAGGGCGGCCCAGCUGUCUGCUGCCAGGAUCCUCGGGCAGAGCUGGUAGAACGGGUAGCAGCCAUUGAUGUGACCCACUUGGAAGAAGCAGAUGGUGGCCCAGAGCCCACUAGAAACGGUGUAGACCCUCCGCCACGGGCCAGAGCCGCCUCUGUCAUCCCUGGCAGUGCUUCAAGACUGCUCCCCGCCCGGCCUAGCCUCUCCGCUCGGAAGCUUUCCCUGCAGGAGCGGCCGGCAGGAAGCUAUCUGGGGGCACAGGCUGGGCCUUAUGCCACGGGGCCUGCCAGCCACAUCUCCCCACGGGCCUGGCGGAGGCCCACCGUCGAGUCCCACCACGUGGCCAUCUCAGAUGCAGAGGACUGCGUUCAGCUGAACCAGUACAAGCUGCAGAGUGAGAUUGGCAAGGGUGCCUAUGGUGUGGUGAGGCUGGCCUACAACGAAAGUGAAGACAGACACUACGCAAUGAAAGUCCUUUCCAAAAAGAAGUUACUGAAGCAAUAUGGCUUUCCACGUCGCCCUCCCCCAAGAGGGUCCCAGGCUGCCCAGGGAGGACCUGCCAAGCAGCUGCUGCCCCUGGAGCGGGUGUACCAGGAGAUUGCCAUCCUGAAGAAGCUGGACCACGUGAAUGUAGUCAAACUGAUCGAGGUCCUGGAUGACCCAGCUGAGGACAAUCUCUAUUUGGUGUUUGACCUCCUGAGAAAGGGGCCCGUCAUGGAAGUGCCCUGCGACAAGCCCUUCUCGGAGGAGCAAGCUCGCCUCUACCUGCGGGACGUCAUCCUGGGCCUCGAGUACUUGCACUGCCAGAAGAUCGUCCACAGGGACAUCAAGCCGUCCAACCUGCUCCUGGGGGACGAUGGGCACGUGAAGAUCGCCGACUUCGGCGUCAGCAACCAGUUUGAGGGGAACGAUGCUCAGCUGUCCAGCACGGCGGGGACGCCGGCCUUCAUGGCCCCCGAGGCCAUUUCUGACUCCGGCCAGAGCUUCAGUGGGAAGGCCUUGGACGUGUGGGCCUCCGGCGUCACGUUGUACUGCUUUGUCUAUGGGAAGUGCCCAUUCAUCGACGAUUACAUCCUGGCGCUCCACAGGAAGAUCAAGAAUGAGCCCGUGGUGUUUCCGGAGGAGCCCAAGAUCAGCGAGGAGCUCAAGGACCUAAUCCUGAAGAUGCUGGACAAGAAUCCCGAGACGAGGAUUGGGGUGCCGGACAUCAAGUUGCACCCUUGGGUGACCAAGAAUGGGGAGGAGCCCCUGCCCUCGGAGGAGGAGCACUGCAGCGUGGUGGAGGUGACGGAGGAGGAGGUGAAGAACUCCGUCAGGCUCAUCCCCAGCUGGACCACUGUGAUCCUGGUGAAGUCCAUGCUGAGGAAGCGUUCCUUUGGGAACCCGUUUGAACCCCAAGCGCGGAGGGAAGAGCGCUCCAUGUCUGCUCCAGGGAACCUACUGCUGAAAGAAGGGUGUGGCGAAGGGGGCAAGAGCCCAGAGCUCCCCGGCGUCCAGGAAGACGAGGCUGCCUCCUGAGCCCCUGCAUGCGCCCAGGGCCACCCGGCAGCACCUCAUCCCGCGCCUCCAGAGGCCCAUCGCCCUCAUGCCACAGCCGCCCCCUCGGGCAGGGGGCCAGGGACUGCGCCCCUCCCCCGCCCCUCCCCCCAUCGUGCUGCAUGACCUCCACGCACGCACGUCCAGGGACAGGACUGGAAUGUAUGUCAUUUGGGGUCUUGGGGCAGCGCUCCCAUGAGGCCUUCCUCCUCCUCUGGCUGUCCUUGGGCUGACCCAUUCUGUGGGGAAACCAGGCACCCACGGAGCUUUAGAAAGCCCACCAGGCUGGUUAGCAUGGCCCAGGGCAUGAGGCAGAGACAGGAGACCAAUGGUACCCAGUGUUGCCAGGAUGGAUGGAGACACUCGAUGAGGGAAGGCAGGUGGAGGCCUGGCUUACUGCAACCGAAGAGACCUCCCGCUGGGCCGGGCCGGCCUGGCUCAGCUGCCACAGGCAUACGGUGGGGGGGGACGCUGCCCACCUUGGGGUGGUGGUGCCAGGGCCGUGGUCUACUCAGACACUGGUGUGGGGGCUCGGAGCCCGCACCGGGGAGAGGGCCAGCGCUGGAGAAUUCAGGUUCCUUUUGAGUUGUCGUUUACUUUUGUUUUUAACCUGGGGGUUCGGGGAGGAGGCCUGCUAGGGAGCAUCUCACGAGCGUUCCUCCAGCUCUGCUAGCUCCCAGCGCACCCACCGUGUUGUGGCAGCCAAGCGGACGGAACUAACUUUCCUGGACUGUGUUUCACAUUCGGCAUUAUCUGGAAAGUGGGCUGAAGGGAAUCAGGCUCUGAGCAGAGGACCGGAGCAGAAGCGCCGUGUUGUCCCGGCCCACCUCCCUCCCUUGAUGGCUCCCAGACCGGAGACUGCAGAAGACACCGGGGCCGGCUUUGACCAAGGGCCGGGACUCGACAGGCCUGUGGGCUUGCACAUGCUGAAAUAACUGGAACCCAGUCUCUGUCCUACGCUGGCUCACCCAUCUAUCUGGCCCCAAGAGCUGCGUUCACAGCCCUGCCGUGAAGGACAAGCUGUUGGAGGGAUCGCUGGACACACAUCCUGGAGGGGUGUGCGCGCCAGCCAGUGGCCUCUGCGGCAAGGACGUCACCCUGAGGACAUCAGCAGUCAGGCUGCUCAGAGCGGGGGUGCUGGAGCGCGCCAGCAGGCACAGGUCUUCCAGAGCAGGCUUCACCUUCUCUCUGGGAUCAGCGUCCGGCUGGCCGGCUUGGUAUUUGCUGACCAAAUGCCCAUAGAGGUUGACCCCCACAGGGAGAUCACCCAGGACUCGGACAUUGCCCUGGUAACGUGGGCUGGACAAGGGCUUGUGGGCGCAGGUGUGGGUUUCCUACGGGAGGAGGGCUUGUUUGGAGAAGGGAGGCUGGCUGGGGGAGAAGCCGGCUCCCGCUGUGUCACCGCGCCUGUGGGUGUAUGUCGCCUCACGCCCACGCAUGUGCGUGCCCCUCUGCCGCACGCAACGCACCCGCAUGCCUCGCGCCGUCCCAUGCAUCCGUAAUGCCGUUUACGCGUCUGUUUCAGGCUGGGAGCAGAAUGCAGCCCGUUGUCAGUGGGUCCGCGUUUCCUGGCUCGUCUGUGCUGAGGCAGUGUGGCCCAGGGCUUAGAACGUCAUUGGUACUGUUUAGAAGAACACUUUUAUAGAGUUCACGGAGUGAGUGAAGAGCCAGCCACUGAGUCACAGGGGUUUCUGGAGCAUCUCUGUGAGCAUCUGGUUUCCGGGGACCUCACCAAUCGGACCCACCCUUGGAAAGCUCGGGGGUGGGCCCAGUUGGGAUGGUCACCCCGCCACGGAGGGUUUUGGUUGGCAUCAUUUUUGAGGGUAGCACAAGCAAUGAGCAAACUCCGUAAGAGUGUUUUAAAAAUUAACUUCCCAGGAAGUGAGUUAAAAACAAUAAAAGCCCUUUCUUGAGUUAAAAA